GCGCACUUCAAACUCUCGGUACUUGACGGUUGUUAAAAUUUUCGCUGCAAGAUGUCACCAUCAAUUCCAAUUCUCGACGCCACUUUCAUGGCCAAGGGAACGGCCGAAGAAAGGGCAGCGUUUGGACAGAAGUUCCUCGAAAGUAUGACCGAGUAUGGAUUCGUAAAACUUGUCAAUCACAGCGUUCCACUACCUGUGGUUGAAGAUACGUUUAGCAAAAUCAAGCAAUUCUUCAAACUACCCUUCGACGUGAAGAGGCCUACGAUCAAUGAUCCGAAGAAGGGACAACAGCGUGGCUGGAGCCCCCCUGGCGAGGAGAAGACCUGGUGGUUGGAGAGCAACACCGGGGACGUCGAGUCUCCCCGCUUUAGUGACAACAAGGAAAGCUUCGACUGCGGAGACCCCAAGGACAAGCAAUUCCCCAACCAAUGGCCCGCCGAGUCCGCUCUCCCAGGCUACCAAGCCACAAUGGACCAAUUCUACUACGAUUGCGGCCAGCUCUGCGUCAAUCUCCUGGAAGUUCUCGCCGCCCAGAUGAAUCUCGACCCGAAGCUCUUUUCAUCCAAAUGCACGAACGAAGCCAGCACGAUCCGCAUCAACCACUUCCCUCCAAUCGACCGCCAAACCCUCGAGAGCGGCCAAGUCAGCCGUAUCUGGCCCCACAACGACUUCGGCAUCAUCUCCCUCGUCUUCCCCGACCGAACCGGCGGCCUGGAGUACGAAGACCGCGAGAACCCAGGCACCUUCAUCCCGAUGCCGUACAACGGCGACGACGAGGUCGUCGUCAUCAUCUCCGAGACCUUCCAGCGAUGGACCAACGGCGCUGUGAGAGCGGGUUUGCACCGCGUGACGAAACCUGUGGAUAUGGUUGGGGAUGUCGUGCCGGAGAGGUGGAGCCUUGUGUAUUUCUGCAAAGCGGAUAGGCAUAUUAAUGUUGGGCCGUUGAAGGAGUUCGUGGGUCCGGAGAGGCAGCCGUUGUAUGAGGAUUUGACGGCGCUGGAGUAUCAGGCGAUGCGGAAUGCGGUGCAUUAUCCGGAGCCGGUUGCGGAGGGGGUUUCGGUGGAGGCGUAGAUUUGAAAGCUUUAGACUAGCUAGCUGAUUGCUAGUUGAGUGACUUCUCACAGUGGGAUGCAGCGAGUAUGAGUGGAGCUU